GGCAGGAGGCGAGCCCCUCCGGUUGCGCGUCAGCAUCCCCUCAAAUAGGAAUCCGCCGCUGUCACUUGUGCUCCACAUACAGAGGGACGGACGACUGUAACCCCGAUACAACCAUUAAAGGCGAGUUCCGUUUGGCAUGCAGCUGUUUUUUUCAUGUGAUGUCAAAAGAAGAAGAGUAAGGUGAGGCUGCGAGGAGGCUGGAGCUUGGCAAAGAAUGAUAGUGAGGAUCAAGGCGCGCUGUCCCAGGAGAACUCAUCUGAAGAGCUGGCCCUGAGAGACCGGGAUGCUCCUCUAACGCACCGGGGGGCGAGUUUUCCUGAGCAGACGGUCUGUGUGACAGAGUUUGAGCUCGAGUGGAAGUGAGUGAGUAAGCGAGACGGAGUGGGUGUCAUGGAUUACGGUGAAGGGCCAAAUGACCCUACCUACAAAAACUUGCUGCUCCUGGGAGCCAUCGCAGCAGCAUCUGCCUUUGUGGUCACCAUCCUUAUUGUCCUUGUCUGCGUUGGCUGCCAAAGAAAAAGCAAGAGCAAGCACCCCCCAGCCGGAGAGAAAGGGACAUCUGUAAAUAUGGGUACUCUUCGACACCCAAAACUGAACUCCAUGAGCAAAUCUGACACCAGGCUGCAUGAGAUCAAUCGCUUUCCCUGCAAUGGAAACUCUGUUAGUAAGAGCCGUCCAGCCAGUAUGGACCUCCUGCUCCUCCACAGUCGGCGCUCCCAGACAGACCUGAGGCCCUCCCAUGGGCGCCAGCUUCCCCAGAUCCCCACCAGUCCUCAGGGACCUGGCCAGGGGGGAGGAGGGGAAACAGGAGAUGGUGGAGGAGGAGGAGGUGGAGUAGGUGGAGGAGGAGGAGGGGAGGCUAGAGACCACACGUACACCGAGGUGGGCCUACGGAACAACCCCACACCCACCCACUGCCUGGAUGACGGCCUGUAUGAAAGUGUAGGUGUCCGGGAAGGUGACGCGGGCCCCAAAGUACCCUCUGCCCCACCACCCACAUCAGCCAACACGCCAGCUACAAUCAGAGCUGCCCAAAGCCCCCCAGCUCAGACCAACGGAGCUCGCACUGGGAAUGGGAAUGGUGGCAGAGGGAAUGGCAGGGUGAAUGGCACCAUCAACGGACCAAUGACAGUAAGAGGUAAUGGUGCGAGUGGGGUCAACAGGUCCCCUAUGUCUUCUGUCAACUCCCUGGCCGUCCAAGAGCCAACUGCAGCUGAGUAUGCUUCUAUACGGAAGUUCAGAAAGGUUGACAAGACAAACAGGAAGGAAAAUAAUGGGGCCGACAGCCAGUCAGACAGCCAGUCGAGUGUGAGUGAUUCACCCUCUGCAGCUCCCCCUCCACUACAUCGCAGUCAGGAGUUUCCGCGCAAACCACUGGAACCGUUUCACCUGCACUCCUUCCCAAAGGAGGCAGUGUUCAUAGGCAACGGGGAGCAGUACAUCUGGAAGCCUCCAGAGGAAGAUGACAUCAUCACCUUGCACCCACCUCCACUCCGCGGAGAGAAUGGCCAGGGGCAUCCAUCUCCCCCAACUGCGAAGGAGAUUGCAGAUACCUACUCCAUCGUUUGUAAAACCCAGAAGAAGAAACCUCCUAUGGAAAACAACGGAUCAAAGACCCUCCCACGCUCCUUUGGUGGGGAGAGAAACGCAGGUUCCCGUGGCCGAGGCCGAGGCGUCCAGGGCCAGGCGCGUUCCCAGGAGGAGCCGUGCUAUGAGCCGGUAGGAGACAGGUCAUGGUCCACAUGUGCAAUGGCCGAAUCUGACCCCGCGUACGCUACUAUCGACAGCCACCGGAAACGUGAGCAGGCGGGUACCAAUAACAACACGGCUGGGGGUAGCGCCACUCUGAAGAGGAAGAAGCAGACGCCGCCGCAGCAGGCAGCACCAGCAGCACCUCAGGGCUCAGGACCCACCGCCCUGCCUGUGAGAGGCCUGCCCGGUGGGGAAAACUUCUAUGAGACCAUCAGUGAUGUGAAACAAGGGGCCAACAGCUCUAGCACCACCACCAUCUUCACCUUCAAUGAUGGGAUGGAGAUGUACGUCACUGGCCUGUAGCUGACUGACAAAAAGGGCCCAGAACCCACUGGUGCAGAGUCAUGAAAGGGACCCUCCUGUUCACCGCUCAACAGGUUGCUGUAUAUAGAUACAAGGCCCUCAAUAGACAAACAACAUGAGGAUCCAUUUUGUGAUGACAUCAGGUACAAACAGGGUCUUAAUCCAGGUUCAGACUUAUUUUAAUUGGUCUGUACUUCAGAACCAGCCUAAGUCUAGUCCAGCCCAAAAAUGGACCAAAUAUGUUUUAACAAAAAAAAGAAAAAAGAGAUAAGAAAAGUGGAAUAUACAUCUUCAAACUACUGUGUCACUGACCAUACUCACCUGUUUGUGCAUCAUUUUCCAUAAUAUCUUUAUUUUUAUAUGAACACUGUACUCUUUGAAGAGUAUGUGGUGUAACUCACAACCUUUAAUAUAUAUUAAAAAAUAAAUGUGCAUGCAUUGUGCAAACACACACCUGAAAAUAAACAGUAGUAGCGAGGAAACUGGUUAUAUUAGCAUUAUGAGGCACACUGUUAGCUAUUGUCAUCCAUACACACACUUAAACACACAUAUGCCUCAUCUUGGGGGGACUUAUGUAAUAUAGGCAGAUGGAUGUCACACAGAUUUGCUCUCCCUAAGCAAACAGCUUAAACAGGUUCUCUGUGCGCACCGGCCGGUUGCCUGGCAGACAGCGUUGUGGUGCUUUGUUCAAAGAUAGGCCUAGAAUUUACAGGCCUGCCUAAACACAGAAGUAAUUCAAAGCUAUAAUCCCCAUUUGCCAAUUUACCAUCAAUGUGCCCUAAACUUAUUAGCAGUUAUCAAUAACAGCCAAGAUAAAAAGUGACUUUUGAUCAAUAAUGUAACCUUCACAUUAAUUAUGAGAUUAGUUAAUAAUCCACGGCACAGAUUUGACAAACAUCUGUAGCCAGAGGCAUGAUGACACACCCCAGCACCCCCGUGUACAUAUACACACAUUCUUGGCAGAGUCAUGCAGGUUAAAGUGAUCAGGUCAGGGACAUUGAUGAGUGGGUUGUGCAAGAAUUUCCCCAAAGUGAUAUGGGUGACAGAUUUCACAAUGCAAGACCUUUACUGUAUUACUAUAAAUACAUAUAAUAUAAAUAUAAUAAAUGAAAGAAGAAUAUUUUCAAAAAUAAGGAAGUGAAAGAGUUAGAGUGUCCAAAAUAAUACAGGAUGCUUUAUCCUGUGUAGUUAAUAUGCCAUGUUCUUUGGGCGCUGUGAGCAUCUGAUUUUAUGACCAUUGUAAUUUUGCACUUGACAGCUGCAGGACUGGUUGGCUUAAUUGUGCAUUAACAUACUGUAAAGGGCGUUUCUGAGCACUGUUCUGAUUUGCUCACAGGUCUCGAGUCAAAGCCAGAGCUCCCCAUAGCUCACCAGACUAAAGUCUGGUAGUUGAAAUAGCAACAGAAGGCUUGGACUCCAAGGAAAAUAAAGAGCUGGGCAUAAAAAUUACCAGUGAGUGUCCUUUGGAAGGUUGCCCCUUGCCCUUUCCCCACCCUUGUCUCCAGCCUCUGCACUGAGUUCUCUUCCAUUACAAACAAUGUCUUUCCCAUGUAGCUUUGGGGAACAUUAAAAAAAGAAAGAAGAGUGGAAGAAAACAAAACAUUAGAGGCUUAAUAAAUGGGCACAAAGAUGGUGAAGGUGAAGAGGGAUACAAACUACUCACAGGCUGAGAGAUGAAGGCUGUAUUAGAAUGAUCUCACUGUGAGACAAUCAUGCAGAGAAGAGAAGACAAGUUUAGAAAGGUUAGUAACAUGAAUUUAUAAAUGCUACUGUGUCAGAUGGUAUGUAAAAACAAAUGCACUCUGUAUUUUAAUGCACUGUUUAUUUUUUCUUACCUACUGACAAUACCAUUGGUUGAAUAGCUCAUGCCACUGCCAUGGAAAACAAUACGUUUAUGUUGUUGGUGCAAUUUUUUCCUGCUUGAUCAAAAAAGUGCAUGCUUUGAUAUGUGGAGAUGAAACAAAUAUCGUGGUACUUUAAUUGAUCUCUUGUUUGUUAAUCUUUUCUGUUGUACUUUUUUUCCAUGUGAUGCAAAGCAGCAUUUAGUUUUUUUUUCCAAAGCAACAACUUGGAGGAGGAGGAGGAGGAGGAGGGGAGAGAAAUAGAAAGAUAGAGAGAAGCCAAAGGGAGUUUAAAGCAGAGAGUUGUUUAUCCUCUGCUCUGGGGGAGCAAGAAAAAGCGAUAGAGGUGAGGAUGGAGAAGAAGAACAGCUUAGUAUAAAGCUGGAUGAGGAUCACUGCAAAUGGACACAGCCAAAGGACCCUCCUCCUUACGAUAUGUGUUUUUGCGUGCGUGCACACACACAGGCACACACCGGCAGGCACGCACACACACACAUACACAUAUACUGCAGAAUUGAGCCAUGUGCAUUUAGGGGAUGAAGCACACUUUGCUUCCACUUGGUCAGCCCUUGCAUAUACUCCCUCCCCCAGCUGUGGUCAUCCUCUAAUAACCGACACAGACCUCUCUUUUCUCUGCUUCACCUCUCUCCCUCGCUGUGCAGGGGAGGGGCCUUUGAUGUCCAGUUCUGAGGGACUCAGGGAGAGAUAUGAGGUUGGG